UUUCUCCUCUUUGCUUCCAGCUAUUCCUGUACAAUCACGUUGGCCAGAAUGGAAUAGGCAGUUCAGUAGCUAUGCUAAUUAUAUGUGGUGCCCUGGUGAAUGGGCCUUAUGCUCUCAUUACGACAGCGGUUUCAGCUGACUUGGGAACUCACGAGUGUCUCAAAGGAAAUGCAAAAGCCCUGUCCACUGUUACAGCCAUAAUUGAUGGGACUGGAUCUAUAGGUGCUGCUCUGGGCCCCCUGCUGGCAGGGCUGAUCUCUCCCACUGGCUGGAACAAUGUCUUCUACAUGCUAAUAACAGCCGACAUCUUGGCAUGCCUGUUCCUUUCCCGGGUGGUGUAUAAAGAGAUUCAAGGAUGGUGUGGCUGCUACACGAGAAAAAGAGGAUUUAAAGAAUUUUGACCUGACUCCCUGUGACCAGAGGCAGCGGAGUGCAACAGUGACGGGCUUUGCUGGCAGACCCCACCUUUGGAUGCUCUGUUUAAAGUGGGAGGAAUUUAUGGAGGCAAAAUGAACUGGGAAGAUGAGUAGUUCUCUAAAACCCAACCACCACGGACUCUAAUCAUUGGCAGCAGCUUUAUCCAGGGCGAUGGUGCAGAGAAGCUGGUGUAUUCUGGCCCAUGACUGUCUUGUGAGGCAUAACUGGGGCCUCUGUCUCUUACCCACUGCCUCUGCUCCUCUUCCAUUAUUCCUUUUAUUAUUAAAAUGGUGCUAAACCUG